AUGGUGCCGGCUCCGGCCCCUUCCUGGCCGGCGCGGCGCGGCGCGGCGCGGCGCGGCGCGGCCUGGCUCCCGGCGGGCCCGCCCCUUCCGGGUGACGUCACUGCCCCGCCCAGCAACGGCCCCGCCCGGCGGAAGUACGCUGCGACUUCCGCCCCAUUGGACCCGCCGGGACCAACACCUAGCCUGCAGCCUCCAGCGCUCUGGCCUCCCGACGCUGAGCGCCUGGAUCCCGCCAAGCCAGUUCCAGGUCCGCCCCACCGGGCGGCUCUCGACGUGAGCACCCUGGCGCGGGGAACGGGGGUGCGGGGCCCGGGGCGGGGGGCCACUGCGAGCCUCUUGCUACUCGCAUUGCUGUUGCUGCUGCUGCUUCCGCUGCCCGUGGGCGCCUGGUACAAGCACGUGGCGAGUCCCCGCUACCACACCGUGGGCCGCGCUGCGGGCCUGCUCAUGGGGCUGCGCCGCUCGCCCUACACGUGGCGGCGCGCGCUGCGGCCCGCUGCCGGACCCCUUGCCUGGGACACUUUAGGCCCGGGCGUGUCCCCCCAGGGGCCAUCUGCCAGAAACACCCUCUCCCCGGGGCCCGCCGCCCGCGAUGCUCUGCUGCUUCCCUCCGGGGUUCAGAAACUGUGGGAGGUGCGUCGCAGAAGCUCCGGCGCUGGGCUCCCGGUCAGUGCCCCUCGCCGUUCGCAAGCCCCGGCGUCUGCACCCCAACGGGAGCCGUGGCUGGGCUCCUAUUUCUGGACCUCCGCAGAGCAGGCCAGAGCUCUCGGAGAGUCUCCCGAUCAGCCACAGUCUGCGCAGGGAACCGCCUUCGCCGGCCCCCGCCUCACCCCAGGGCCGUCCUGAUCUCAGCCCCUGCCCGCACCCACGUGCCUGACCCAGGCAGAGUCUCUUCGGCCUCCAGUCCCGCCGUCUGGUCAAUAAAACCCGCCUGGUU